UCCUAACCACGUACGUAAUGAGUAAUUCUUUUAACUUUAUUUAAAUUUUGUUACAUAUAGCAUGAUUUUUUGCUCACCCGUAGUUAUUACAAGUGUUGGCUGCAUUAAAAAAAUCAAAAUUUUAUGUAUACUAAAUUCAAGUUUCAAACAAAAACCAAUAUUAGAAUCCGUUUGAAACUAAGAUUGUGAAUUCAUGAAGUAGUGACUUUUAACUCCUACACCCAACUUAAUUUAAUGGAGAACAGUGGAGAAAGUGGAGAAGAUAGUGGAUCAUUAAGUACUUCUGCAUUUCUUGAUGGAAGUAGUAUUACUACUUCAUACAUGAAUAUUCAUUCUGAUGAGAUGGAAGAUGAUCCAGAAAAUACAGAUGAGUCCAAUCACGGUCAUGCCGAUCCUCUACAAGGAGUAAAUAUAAGCUCCUCUGGUCCUUUAAGAGAACAAGAUCGAUUUCUUCCAAUUGCUAAUGUAGCAAAAAUAAUGAAACGUGCAAUUCCAGAAGCAGGAAAAAUUGCUAAAGAUGCUCGAGAAUGUGUGCAAGAAUGUGUAUCUGAAUUUAUCUCAUUUAUUACAUCCGAAUCUAGUGAUCGCUGUCAUAUGGAAAAGAGAAAAACUAUAAAUGGUGAAGAUAUUCUCUUUGCAAUGACUACUCUUGGAUUUGACAACUAUGUUGAACCAUUGAAAAUUUAUUUGCAAAAAUAUAGAGAGGCAACAAAAGGUGACAGCCCUUCAACUAAUACUCACAUAAAUACUGUCAAUGAAAAUAGAAAAGAAGAUAAUGCUCACUCUACUACUAUUUACGAGGAUCAAAUAUUUACGAUCGCAGCAACAGGAGAUGCUUCCACAUCAGAAGCACCUAUCAUAUAUAGUUAUUCUACAUCGGAUCAAAUGCAAUUUCAAUUACCAUAAAAUUAAAUUAUUGGUAAACAACUGUCAAAACUUCCCAUGCUCUAUUUGUUUGAUUGUGUAGCUUUAUAACCUUUCCAUUAAACAAUUAUACAAUUGUUUUA